UUCCUUACCUCUCCAGCCCCCCACCAGAGUUUUUUCUGUUGCCUCUCCGACGUCUUCCUCCUCGCUCCGUGCCGUCCGGCUGCGCACCCCUCAUUACCCGUACCGCAUAAGUUGUCCGGUAAAGAGGAGCUUAGGAGGUCGCUAAGUGAUGCUCGGCUGACGUCGCGUAGCUUGUUUGGUGCUGUACUGUUCGCUGCAGUGACUUUCAUUCGGAAACGGUACAGAAUAUAACAGUUCGGUGCGGUGCGGUGCGGUGCGGUGGCGUAGCGUAGCUUGCCUUGAGGGGGUCGCAUCACUUUCGACGCGCCUCUAGGAUGAGAAACCAAACCUGGCUUUCUUGCUCCGGAGGACGUGUCUGAAUUCGGAGGACAUAUGGAGGCCGUGCAAUGGUGACGUUUCGUCGCUUGCUUCUUAGAGUUUCGGGCUCUCUCAGUGUCGGGUUCUGGUUACGGAGCGGUCUUCUGACGUUUGAACGGGUAGUACUUUUACGCUGUAGCUCACCCCUGCCACCCACUCCGCAUAGCGUCACUCGUGGUUUGGCCGUGGCAACCGUGAGAGUUAAUCGUCACUGCUAGCACAUGUCAUGGCGACGCCUGUUAGAAGAUUAAAGCAUUGUUGCCGGUGCUUACAUCCCCCUUACGCAUUCUCCCCUCGUAGUCCGCGUCUCCGCCUCUGCGUGGCUGUUCUCCUCGUCGUACUAUUCUCCCCUCUACCGCGAGCGCAUGUCACGCCCUUACAAGACGGUCUACAUCCCGUAGGCACUUUAGAAGGCGAUGAGCUUUCCUAUGCACAUCCACAUCCCCUUUUACAAUCGUCGCUCCAGCCGAAUAAGGUUACAGAAAUGUAUCUACCGGCAGAAGCGGAACCAUCCAGUCAUCGACAAUCUCGGGGAGAGGCUGACACCUUUCCUCAUGACAGCAGUAGCAGUCGCGACAGUACCACCGUCAGCGCUAGCAGCAGUAGCGGCGGCACCCGCGGCUCCAUAGAUACGAGUGACGAUAAUGGCCAUACGCACGUUCGAGAGAUUCUCACGCCGGCUCAAGACAAAGUCGCGAAAGUUCUGGAAGGUUCCUCAGGAAAUCUCUUUGGGAGCCCCUCUCCACGCGAACGUUCGUUAGCGGAAGCAGACGCGCGGUCCGUCCCGGAAGUCCCCGCCGCGUAUGCCGCCGCAAUGGCCGCCGCGGCCGCCGCGACGCGCGGGAAGCGGAUGGAGGCGCCCGUGAUAGGGUGCUUGCUGAGCCUCGGAACCCCGUCGGGCCUCCUCAUCUCGUCAGCGAUAGAGAGGGCAGUGAGGGAGGUGGAGGCGGCGACUCGCAUGCGCGUGGUGCUGCGCAUUGCCAACGCCAGUGCCUCCGACCCCUUCCAGGCCGAGGCUGCUGCCCUGCAGCUGCUGCUGACAUCGCCCCAGCCCCACGUGUUGUUAGGACCCCCCACGUCUCUCCAGGCGUCCAUUGUGGGACCCAUUGCCUCUGCUGUGCAGGUGCCUCUGCUGUCGUACGCAGCCUCGGACCCCCUGCUGAACGCCAAUGCGCAGUUGCCUUACUUUGUGCGCAUGCACUACGACGACCAGGCGCAGAUGACUGCCGUCUCAGACAUCAUAUCGUACUACAACUGGACGCAAGUGGUGGCGCUGUUCGAGAGCACUGACAGCGCGUGGAACGGCUUUCAGACGCUCACACGCCUGCUGCAACAGCGGGGCUCGGCGCGCGUGGUGGCGUCGUGGCAGUUUGACAGCGGGGUGAGCGCGGUGGAGGACGUGAUGAAGGCGCUGCUGCAGGUGCGCUCCGUGGAGGCCUCCGUCUUCGUGCUGCACCUGCAGAACGACCCAACCAUCCGCCUCGUGCUCAAGACCGCAUCACAGCUGGGGCUGUUCACGGAGGGGUAUGUGUGGAUCGCCACGGCGGGCGUCAUGUCUCUGCUGGCCGCUGAGCCGCGGCUCUCCAGCACCCAGGCCUCCUGCGAGGGCAUGAUAGGCACGCUGCCCUUUGACGUGCCCACGCCACACCGCCAGGACAUCCUAAAGGCCAUAUCGGGGGUGGCUCAAGUCUCCCCCUCCCAGCUGCUCAGCGAGGCAGAGGCGUACCGCCAGGCAUUGUACGCCUACGAUGCUGUGAAGCUCUUUGCUUCUGCAUACCGGGAGAUGCUGCUCGCCCCGCCCCCGCCUCAAGGCAACUCCUCGUCCUCGUCCUCAUCCUCGACCUCCCCGCCCUCCUCCCAAGGCAACUCCUCCUCGUCCUCCCCUCCGGCGGUUGCAGCUGGGGGCACCAUGGAGGGAUUUCAGCAGCUUAAUAUCAGCAAAGGUGGCACUGCUCUUCUUGCAUCCAUCCUCGCGCACAACAUGACUGGCGUGACUGGAGAAGUGUCGUUCACGGCGUCUGGCGACCUGCAAGAGCAGUUCUUCCGCAUCGCCAACAUCCAGUACGGCAUCCGCACCAUCGGCUUCUACCACUACCGCGCUGCCUCCACCACCAACACCACAAAUGCCGCUGCUCCUGCUUCUCCUGCUGCUCCUCCCACUCCUGCCGCACCGCCUUCCUCCUCCUCGCACGGUGCUGCUGGCAACACGAGUGCUUCACCCUCUCCUGCGCCCUCCUCUGCUCCUCCCGCCCCUUCCUCCUCCAACUCCUCCUCCUCUUCGUCCGCGUCCGCUGCAGCCCAACCCCCGUCUACUGCCUCCUCGUCGUCAUCUUCCUCUGCAACUGUUGUGCAAGGCCUUGUGUCGAUCGAGCAGAUGGCUCAACUGCUGGUUUCCCGAAAGCUCGCAACGCAAGCAGCUGCGUUGGCAGCAGUGAAAUCCAGCAGCACGCAAGCAGCAGCAGCAGCAGGGGGGGAGGAGGAGGAGGAGGAGGAGGAGGAGGAGGAGGAGGAGGAGGAGGAGUUGGAAGAGCAGCAGCAUCGGCUAUGGAGGGUGCUGCUGGCGUGCUGCGAGACGUGGUGUGGCCGGGAGGCACCAAGACUGAGGUACCGGUAGGCUCCUUCCCCAAGAGCUCCGCUCCUCUGCAGAUCGCUGUGCCAGUCAAACGGGGCUACCACCAGUUUGUGUACGUGGGCGACGCGCUGUCCAACGCAUCGCGGUCCAAUGAGAAGUUCUCGGGUUUCUGCAUCGACGUGUUCAAGGCCGCCGUCGCGCUGCUGCCGUAUGCCCUGCAGUACCAGUUCGUGGCGUUUGGGGACGGUGCGCACGACCCCAGCUACGACGCUAUGGUCGCUGCUGUCGCUAACAAGACAUACGAUGCAGCGAUCGGGGACAUCACCAUCACGGCGCAGCGAGCGCAGCUGGUCGAAUUCACCCAGCCCUUUGAGGCGUCGGGGCUGACGAUGAUAGUGCCGGUGCAGCAGGCGCCCCCGGACACGUGGGCGUUCCUGCGGCCAUUCACCCCGGGCAUGUGGGUGCUGCUGUACUUCUCCUUCUUCUACACGGCGCUCGUCGUCUGGUUCCUCGAGCACCUGCAGAACGACGACUUUGGCGGCAAGCUGCACCAGCAGCUCGCUACCAGCGUGUGGUUCUCCUUCUCCACUAUGACUUUCUCCCAAGAGGAGAACGUGAAGACGACGCUGGGGCGCAUAGUGGUGAUAGUGUGGCUGUUUGUGGUCUUUGUCAUCUCCUCCGCCUACACUGCCAGCCUCUCCUCCGUGCUUACUGUCUCGCAGUCCGAGCCCACCAUCUCCGACUUCCAAGGGCUGGUGGGCACCAGCGAUGCAGUGGGGUACCAGCGUGGGUCAUUCUCCUUCGAGUACCUCCGAGGGAUGGGCAUCAACGAGUCGCGCCUCAUUGCCCUGUCUGACGAGGCGGAGGUGGACGGGGCGUUGAACCGCACGCAGGUGGUGGCGGUGGUGGACGAGGAGCCCUAUGUGGACAUCUUCCUCUCUGACUAUUGCGCCUACAGCAAGCCCACCCACGCCUUUGCCACCUUCAACCUCGGCUUCGCGUUUCAGAAGGGGUCAUCGCUGGCCAACGACGUGUCCAUCGCCAUCGAGGCCCUCGCGCAGAACGGCCAGUUGCAGUCGCUGCACGACCUCUGGCUGCAUGGUCGUGGCACGUGCAGCAGCGGGCCGUCGCUGCAGUCCAUCCGCCUGGGCCCGGACUCCUUCUGGGGGCUCUUCCUGCUCUACGUCGUUGCUGCCUGCGGCGCCUGCCUCAUCUAUGCCGUCCUCCUCGUGUACCGGGGCCUCAAGGCCUUCCAGCACGCUCGGCAUCCCCACGCACAGGACACAGAUGAGCACGCUGACCCCCUGCCUCCUAAGCCCAGGCCGAAGCGGCUCAAGAGCCACGUGCGGCACUACAAGAGUGCAUACACUGCCGGAGUGGAGUGGAGCAUGCAGAGGAACAUGGGUUACUCAACGCGCACGUCUGCGGGCCUGCUCAGCAGCGCGGACUCGUCCAAGACGCAGUAUGACGUGUCCAGCAUCGGCUACUCCGCGCACCAUCCGCCCCAGCAGCACCCAUCUCACAGGGAGGAAGAUGAGGAUGAUGAUGAUACUAGUUUGGGUGAAUUGGCGCCUGGCGACCAUCAUGCAUCACUACAAGAUGACUUGGGUAGACAACUCAGUGAGCUACGUGUCUCACGCUUCCAACCUUCAGAGCAUUCGUCAUGAGUCGAUCUUGGUUUACAUAAUACUUGAUAUACAUUAUGCACAUGCAGUGCAACUUUUGUGCGGUUGCAUGCAACCAGUGUUCCUUUUCCACUCCAGGAUGGUUUUGGUUGAGGCCACAAGUGAGAACUCCUUCCCAG